AUGUCCUGGCUGGGAAGGCUGGAGCUGCUACUGCUGGCCGGCUGCCUGGGAGUCCAAGGCUUGAACCAGGAGGAGAAGCUUCUGAAUGACUUGAUGAGAAAUUACAACCCAAACCUGCGGCCCGCCGAGAUGGACUCGGACGUGAUCAAUGUCAGCCUGAAGCUCACCCUCACCAACCUCAUCUCCUUGAAUGAGCGGGAGGAAGCCCUCACCACCAAUGUCUGGAUAGAGAUGCAAUGGUGUGAUUACCGCCUGCGCUGGGACCCCAGGGACUACGAGGACGUGUGGGUGCUGAGGAUCCCCUCCACCAUGGUGUGGCGGCCGGAUGUCGUCCUGGAGAACAAUGUGGACGGCGUGUUCGAAGUGGCCCUCUACUGCAACGUCCUCGUGUCCCCCAAUGGCUGCAUCUACUGGCUCCCGCCCGCCAUCUUCCGCUCGUCCUGCCCGGUUACCGUCACCUACUUCCCCUUCGACUGGCAGAACUGCUCCCUGGUUUUCCAGUCCCAGACCUACAGCUCAAGCGAGAUCGAUUUGCAGCUGAGUGAAGAAGACGGCCGCACGGUGGAGUGGAUCUUCAUUGACCCCGAGGCCUUCACUGAGAACGGGGAGUGGGCCAUCAAGCACCGCCCUGCCAAGAGGCUCCUGGAUCCUCCGGCCGCCCCCGGGGAGGCAGGCCACCAGCGUGUGGUCUUCUACCUGCUCAUCCAGAGGAAGCCCCUCUUCUACAUCAUCAACAUCAUCGCUCCGUGUGUGCUCAUCUCGUCCGUCGCCAUCCUCAUCUACUUCCUGCCUGCCAGAGCUGGCGGGCAGAAGUGCACUGUCUCCAUCAACGUACUGCUCGCCCAGACCGUCUUCCUCUUCCUGGUGGCCAAGAAGGUGCCAGAGACCUCUCAGGCUGUGCCCCUCAUCAGCAAGUACCUGACUUUCCUGUUGGUAGUGACCAUCCUAAUUGUGGUGAAUGCUGUGAUCGUCCUCAAUGUCUCCCUCCGGUCUCCCCAUACUCACUCCAUGGCCCAAGGGGUGCGAAAGGUCUUCCUUUACCUGCUGCCUCGACUGCUAAAGAUGCACAUGAGACCCUCGGGGUCCCUGGCCCCCAGGCGCCUCACCCGCUACUUGCAGAAUGGCUCCUCUGGGGGGCCGGAGCUGGCCAGAGAGGAGGCCGCCCCGUGGAUGCCCUGCAGCGAGCUGGCGUUCCAGCAGCGCUGGCAGAGGGACGGGCUGGUGAAAGCCGCACUGGAGAAGAUAGGGAACGGACUGGAGUCUGGGCACAGUCAGGAUUUAUGUGCCAGCCUGAAGCAGGCAGCCCCCGCCAUCCAGGCCUGUGUGGACGCCUGCAGACACAUCGCCUGGACCAGGAAACAGCAGAGACAUUUCGAUAAUGAGAAUGAAGAGUGGAUGCUGGUGGGCCGUGUUCUGGACCGAGUCUGCUUUCUGGCCAUGGUCGUACUUUUCUUCUGUGGCACCUUCGGCAUCUUUGUCCUGGCCCACUACAACCAGGUCCCUGCUCUCCCUUUCCCAGGAGAUCCCCGUACCUAUCUGCCUUAGCUGUCAUAGGUGGGGGGAGAGGGGGAGGGGCCACCGAUGGCCCCCUCGGCUGAGUUCUGGGCCCCCAAAGUUGGACAUUGGCAUUCUGCUCCUGCCAUGUUUGGGUGCCCAAGGUUCGGGCACCUCUCAUGCAAAAAAAGAAGGUGAAGAUGUUUGUGGAGUGCUUCCACAGAGCUCUGUGAUCUGGGCGCUCUGGGGAAAAGCCAAGGGAAAUAAAGGUUCAGACCCAAACACCUGCUCUGUUUUGGGGGGGCUGCAGACAUGUGGAAGCUCCCAGAGCAAGGGGAGGGUGGCGUGUGGCAGCUGGGGGGCACAUGGCCUCUCUGGGAAUGCUUUAGGCCCGGCUUUGGAGAAGGAAAUCAGGAGACAGGGAAUGUUCACAGUAGGUUGAAGUCUGACAGACCCCCGAGCCCAGCCCAAGAAGUCAGACCAAGCCUGAAAGUGUGAGCUGGCUGCCGGGGACCCGGGCCACAUCCCGAUGCAACCUGUGGAGCCGAGACCCCACUGCUGAGGACGCCUUCCUGGCCCAGCUCUGUGGGAGGGCCACGCAGGUGUCUGUUCUGAGAAAGGGGCCUCGCCUAGCCUCAGGCGAGAGGCCUCCCAGGACCUGGGGUUGAGAAGACUGGGUUCCAAUACUGCCUCAGACACUGGCUGUGUGAACCUGGGCUGGUCACUUAACUCUGCUUUGCUUCAUUUCCCCAGCUGUGAUGGCAAUAAUGGUCUUUGCCUAUCUCCCAGGAUGAAAUGGGAUAAUAAAUUCAUAAAAUGCUUUGCACAGUGGCUGACACAUAGUCAGUGCUAUGUGAAUGUUAAUUAGU